AUGGAUUCAACGGACAGAACUCCGCUCAAGGAGCAGAAUACAAAUACGCUGAGAAGCCCAAUUAAACUGGUCUCAUCUUUGGAUAAGCAAAAGGCUCGGUCGACAUUAGCUAGUAGAACCAUUGUCCCUCAACAUGUUUUAAAUUCACGCAAGAGAGGUCUAGUUCAACCAACGACAGCAACAACGACAGGAGCAUCAGCGCCUUCAGCGACUGUUGACCCUAAUUCUCUAAUGUACCAAAGUCAGCACCCUGCUAACUUACAAGUCCAUCAGCAGCAGCAGCAGCAGCAUCAUACAGGACACCAUCACAAUCAGCAUUCUUCCCAGCAUUUGCAUCAUCAAAACCAGCAUCACCAUCAGCAUCGGUCCCAAACUCAUAAUCAAUACCAACAGCAACAACAGCAUUCGCUGGCGAGCCAACAACGCCAUGCUCGUGAAGCGCGUGAAGCACGCGAGGCAGCACUGGCCGAUUCGCGUGAUGCCGACGAAGAGCUUCGUCGAUGGAAAGAGCAAUGGCGAAAAAUCAUGCAAUCCAGUGUCAUCUAUUUCGACGGUAUAGACCAGCAGAAUGUCGACAAAGUCAGAGGCCACUUGACUUCACUAGGAACUCAGAUCCAGCCUUUCUUCGAGCGGCAAGUCACUCAUUUGGUUACGAAACGAUCAACUUCAGUUGAUUAUCCAUCAACAGAUGUCAUUACAAAGGCAAAACUACUAGAAAUGAAGGUAUGGUCUUUUGAUAAGUUGAUUCGGUUCUUGACCCAUUUGCUUGGAUCAUCGCCUCUGGAAAGAGCUUUCCAGCCUAGUACUACCAACCUCUCUAAGCUUCUGAAACAAGAGAAGCUGAUCGGUCCUUCUGAUCGUGAUAUGAAUGCACCCACGGACAGCUUUAAAACGUUCAAGGGUCCAUACUUGCUGAUUUGGGAUCCUACACACUGUUUCCGGCCCACUUUGUACAAAGAAUUUGUCAAAGUUGUUAAUGACGGCGAAGGGGACUGGCCACAGUUCAGACAGACCCCUCUGGGACAAUGUCCUUUUAUCUAUCUUUCUCCAAAACAAAUCCAGAUGCUUGAAGAGCGAUCACAAGAGCGCAGAAAAAAUCUGCUGUCAAGACAGGAAUGUGGAGAUCGCGAAGACGAAAUUGAGAUUCUAGACAACGCUCCGGGAGACGACGAUGAGGACAAUCUAGGCAUGGACCCUGAUGACGAAGAGCAGGUUACAGAAGAAACAAUUGGCAAGAGAAGAAGACAGGGUCAAGACGAUGGUGAUAUAGACCUUCUCACCGCAGCUACUACUAGGGACAUUGUAGAAGCCAGAUAUAACGAGGUAUCAAACGGUUCACUAGUUUCUCAUGCACAACCACCUCACAAAAAGCAUAUUGUUGAUAAUAGUCUGCAAGCAACCUACAACACUGCCAGUAGAUUCUACGAGCUAGCAGCAUCGGGCGUCAACCGCUCGAAUAUGACUUCUGCUGUGAAAUCGGUGGCACAAUCUGCAAGCGGUCAAAGCGGUACCAGUACAUUAGCUGGUGGUAAUGGACUUGCUGCCACUGUUGCACAAGUUCCAUCCCGUGAACUAGCUAAUCUUCAACGUAAAGUUCUCAGCCGGCCAUCUGCUAGUGUGUUUGGCCCCAUUGAAGAAGCCAAAGAAUACUCGCAGAGCGCUUCAUUGGGAUUGAACCAAGACACUGCUGGUACGACCGGCGGAAACUCGUCUGCUCAUAACAGUGUUUCGUCGCGUGCCAGCGGAUUUGCUGUCAGACCAUCAGUUCCCAGUAAACUCGAUGCCCAAGCAGCAGCGGCUGCUGCCAUGUCAUACAAAAAGAAAGCACCCGAGCCUGUCCGACGCGCUGAAUCAAAGACACAGGCAAAGAAGCGCGUUGGGUUCUGUGAAAAUUGCCAGAUCCAAUUCGACGACUUUGACUUACACAUCAUCAGCAAGCGCCACCGCCGCUUUGCUUGCGACGACCAAAACUUCCUUACGUUAGACAGCAUCAUUGGAGAGCUCCAGAGACAACAACUGUGA